CGAGCCUGGUAGAGUGGAAACAAAGAGAUGAGCUCUGAGGAUACGCUGUUGUGACAUGUUCUGAGGACUGAGAAGCUUUAAUUAAAUUCAAACAGAUAAAGAUAUAGUGGCCAACUUUUCCGACAACGGUCUCUGCAUUUCCUCUCACUCUUCACCAUGGAUCGCUAUGUUGAAGCCCCGGCUUUCGUUCCUUCGAUAGUCAAUACGCUCGAUACGGUGGUCACCUUUUCCAAUGAUUCGUCACGAAACCAGCCACCGUUCGAACCUCGUCGCCAAGGAUCAGACGUUCUCUACCCUGAAGCACUGCCAUCGCCUCUUCGGCCCUCGUUGAGAAUAGGGCGUAUGAGUCCAAGGGGCGGUAUGGACGCCGACAUGAAGCAAAAGUAUGGGUGGCCGGCAUUCACAUUGCCAAACUCCUUGGAGCAGCUCUACACCGAGAAAGCAUAUCUGACGGUGUCACUUGAGAACCAAAGCGACCGAGAAGCGGGUCUUAUGAGGAAGUUAUCUAUGCUUCGGGAGAUGUUUGAUCACAGGCUGUCUUCCGACGAGCGGCGUAAGUCGAGGAAGAGGGCCGCUUUGCUGAGGAGCAGAAUCACGGAGGUCGCGGGACAAAAGAAGACGAUUCUUCUAAGACUCUGUGAUAUUUACGUGGAGCUCCAGAGCCGUGAAGCGUAG